AUUGCAGUACAAAAUUUGAUAAUUUGACUAUGUUGUGUGUAGCGUGUGAAAUAAAGAGGAAUGAGAGGGCGAAGCUAAUUUUAUCAAUAAAACAGAUUUGUAUAUUAAUUUUAUAACAUAUAAAUUUAAAAUGUCAGGGAAAUCGGCAGCUAAAUCGAUUCACUUUGCUGCAGACUUACCACAGCUACAGAAUCUUAUAAAACGAGAUCCAAUAUCAUACAAAGAUGAGGUUAGUUCAUUCCGCCGUUCGCAAAGUCAUUAUUUGUUAUUAACAUUUUUCAUUAGUGAAUUAUAUAGAAUAUAGGCAUAUCAUUAACUUGUUAUUCAUUGACUUUGAAGUUUGACUGUGUAUAAUAAAUAAGUAAUUAAAUUAAUGAAUAAUAUAAAUGAUGAUUUUCUUACACUAUACGACUAUAUUCAUAUUCAUAUGUUGCAUAUUUGUUUAAUUUGUAAAAUAAAAAGAUCAAAUGUUGACGUUGAGGAAUUGAUUAUUGAAAGUAAUGAAAGGGGAGUGACUCAGUGACCAAGUGUGAUAGUCAGUGAUAGUGAAUGUUACAGUACUCAGAGUACUGAUGAGUGAUAGCCUAUGCCAGCCAGACUCUACCUAUCAUGAUGAACUAUUCAAUUAUUCAGACUAUUGUUUUCUUUAAAUCUCUAAAGUUAAAGAUAAAGUAGUCUGUAGGUCUAUUAAACUCCUAAAUUACAAGCUGAUUUUGGGUUAGCAGUAAGGCACAAAGUGGCACUGAAAUCAGUGAAAUUUCCUCAUCAACACCAGGAACAGAAACAUUGCAAAUCCCAUCUACAUGCAUAGGAGCCAAAAUGAUCAAUAAAUUGAUCAUGGGCCCUUAAGAUAUAGAAGAAGAGGCCAGAGUAUGGCCAGUGGUAUAUAUUAUAUAUAUUUUAUUUAGCUAUCUGGCAGAAGCCUCUGAAUGUCUAAAUCAAUUUUCCCUAGCCUAUGCCUUCUUGAAAAUACAGUGGAACCCUGCUUGUAUAAAAAUAAAAUAAAUCUGGAUAUAACACUGUCAUGGCAUGGCUCCCAAAAUUUUGUAUGUUCAAAAGAACAUGAUUUUUUUUUCAAGUAUGUGACACAAAUAGUGUAAUAGUAUAGGCCUAUUCUCGUACAACAAAAUCACAAAACCAUAUAAAAUUUCAAUGAGUAAUGUAUUUUAAGAGAUUAAAUUUAAUUAUUUUCAACUUUUGGUAAAUUUCGAGAGAUCGCCCCGGGGUUUCCGCCAUCUUGGUUGACACAACCAGUUAAUUCUGUCACUAAACCUAAACUAAAUGUAUCCCUAUGCCUAACCUGAACCCUAAAUCGAUCCCUAUGCCUAGCCUGAACCCUAAAUCAAUCCCUCAACCUAACCUAAACCCUAAUUCACUGCAACUUUAAUAAACACGCAAAUGACGUCACGGGAUGAUCUCUCGAUAUAAGCCCAACUUUUUAGUGCAUUUCAGUCUAACCCUUUACAGUCUGAUGCGCCCGAAAUGCGCCGAUUUUUUUCUUUAGCUUACAGUCAGAUGCGGCCAAACCCGCCCGUUUCGAGGUUGUUUUCGUUCUUAGCACAGCGGAAAUUCAUUGCGCAUUACUAUUUAUAGUUCUACCUGAAGAAAGCCUUGUUGUCUGCAUUUAUUUUGAUACUAGUUUGACCGCGGUAUGUUUAGGGGCUGAUUUUCUAUGAUUUUUGCAAAAGUUGCGAUUUUUUUGCUGUAAAAAAAGGCUUUCCAAGCAUUGGAUACAAUUUUGAAAGAACUUAGGCCUAAUCAAGCUUCACUAUUUCAUAAAUCUAGCAGUGAUAGUGAAGAAUCUGAUAGAGACAUUAAUUUAAAUGAUGCUACUAGUAAUAGUGAUUCAAGUGAAGAAUAUAAAUAGUAAUAGUAGAGACAUCGAUGACAACGGACCUAUCAAUUCCACUCCAACUGAUCAGCAAGAUCAUGAGUGAUCUGGGAAUUUUCUCAAAUCAAAGUGGGAGGGUCCCGAAACUGUUUUUUGGUGCAACUUUUGCUUUAAUCAUUUCAUUGUAUUUAGGUAUUUUUUAUUUUAUUUUCUUGCUUAUAGUUUAUUUAUAAUAAAUUAAUUAGAUAAAGAACCUUCAUUUAAAAUGGAGUUAUGUCCCUUUGCUUGGUCGCUGGGGAGUGGACAAGGCUGAAUAUGCUUUGACUGUAAAAGGUUAAACUCGUCUUCAAAAGAAAUAUUUUUUACAAGUUUUUUUUAAUAAUUUGUUGUUUUUUUUAAAUUGAAUUGUUAUUGUGGGUGGGGAGCUUUAUGAAUUAUUUUUAAUAUUUCGUAAUAUGAAAAGUGCUGUGCUCGAUUCUUCUUUGAGUGAUCUUACAGCUACUUAUAUUUAAAUACACAAAUGUAUAUGUAAUUUAUAAUAUUAAAGUACAGUUAUUAGCCUCAUAUUUACUUGGGCUUAUUAGACCUAUUUUCACAAUUGUUAGUCAAUUAAUAAUAUUUGUCCAGACUAACACAUUCUCAUUCAAGAUUGGCAAUAAGUCAACUUGAGUUCCAGUGAAUUAAGUAAUUGUACACUAAACAAUUUUUUAAAUAAUUUUAUAGAUGCUAUUUCAAAACUGUUGUUUUUCUUCAUUCUUGUUAUAAUAGUUUUUAAAACAAUGGCAGUACUUUCACAACUUGAUGCAAACUUUUCAACUCCAACCCUCUAAAUACAAUGAAAGGUUGGAUGAGAUGAUCAGUUUCUUAGCUCAGGUAAAAUUUUGUUGUCUGUUUGGGGUCCUCAAGAUUAAAUCAAUGUUUUAUUUAUUAAGAAUUAUUUUAAAAUAUAUUUCAAAUUUAUCUGCAAUACUCAGUUUUAAAGACUUACUUACUCAGCAGUUUGACUGUAUAACAUGGCAGCCAUAGUUAUACAGAGAUAUCACAUACCGUAUAUAUUUUUUAUUGAUUGCAUUUGUGGUAAUUCAGCUGAUUUAUGUUUAUCAUCAACUUCUCACAGGUCGGCCACUGCUACAAAGAUGAAGUGGUAGACAUGCCAGGACAACUGUGUGACAUUUUAAAAAACCACAGCACAGUUCUGGACCGAACAAUGAGAAUGGUAAGCUAACAAUCUAUAUAUUUUGACUGCAACUAGCUUAUAUUUUUUUACUUACGAAUAAGUUGCCAUGGGCAGCUUUUAAUAUGCUUUUGAAAUGAUUUAGUCACUUUCUGUUUGUCCUUUCAUAAAAUAUUAUUUUACAAUAUUAUUUACUGAUAAACUUACUUGCCAUAUCUUUUUUUGUUUUUUCUUUGCAGACUUUAGUGAAAGCUCUCAUUAUGCUGCGCAACAAGGAGCUGAUAUCCGCCACACAAGUCUUGCAGCUGUUCUUUAAGCUCCUGCGCUGUGAGGACAAAUUAUUGAGGAAGACAAUCUACCAGUACGUUGUGGCUGACAUAAAAAACAUCAACUCGAAACACAAAAAUGCCAAGCUGAACUCAGCCCUUCAGACAUACAUGUUCUCCAUGCUGCAAGAGAACAACGCCGUCACAGUGAAAACGGCUCUAGACAUUAUGGUUGAACUGUAUAAAAGGAACAUAUGGAAUGAUGCUAAGACAGUCAAUGUGAUUACAACAGCUUGCUUUUCCAAAAUCACAAAAGUCAUGGUGGCCGCUAUGAAAUUUUUCCUAGGUAUUUGAAUAAUUCAUUCUGUUAUUUGUUCAUCUGCUUGCAACUUUUUUAUAUCUGCUUGGCAUCAUUAUGUAUUUAUUGUUCUUAGAAGGGUGUAUGUAAAAACUUCUGCUUCCUUCAGGCACCUUUUUGAGAGAUACCAGAAGGAAUGAGACUGUCUGUGCAUUUUAAGAGCUCUGCUCAGGAAUAAUUUCAGCUUGAGUUGUUUCCCCUUUGACUUUCCCCAAUUUCACAAAAGGCAGUGAGCAUUUUUAUUUGUGAACACAAGGAAGAGCUUUAAUGAUGUCAUCUGGUAGCUCCAUUUAAAUUUUAUUACUUGAAGUGUGUUGAACCAAAAUUUUUAAUUGGGUUUUAAGUCUGUAUUGUGGAAUAUUAUCAUCCCCAAUUAUACUUUAUGGGAUUCUGGUAUUGAAACAGUGCUUCUUUAAAAGGGAAUGGACUAUAUAUAUCUAUAUAUAUAUAUUAUAUAAUUAUAAUUUGGCCCUCAAUUGUUUUACCCUUGAUUUUAUGUCAAUGUAGCACAGCAAAGACAUGAACUAAAAAUAUUUACUUUUUCUCAUUUUAUAUAAUUGCAUACGCCUUUGUUUUUACAUGCAGGUAAAGAUGAGCUUGAAGAAAAAGAUGACAGUGACUCUGAUGAUGAUGGACCGAAGAAAUCUGUUAAAGAACUGACCCUGGGGCACAGAGUGGGAAAGAAAACGAAGAAGAGAAAGAAGAAGCUGGACAGAGCACUGCUAGCAAUCAAUAAGCAUAAAAAGAAAAAGACUGCCCCAGAGGCUUUCAACUUUUCUGCCCUGCACUUGAUCUUUGACCCUCAGGAUUUUUCUGAAAAACUGUUUCGCCAGCUUGAGAAAACCACGGAGAGAUUUGAAGUGAAGUUGCUCAUGAUUGAUUUGAUUUCCCGCUUGAUUGGUAUUCACAAGUUGAUCCUUCUGAAUUUCUAUCCUUUCAUGAAGCGGUUCCUGCAGCCACAUCAGAGAGAAGUAAGUAAGGGCACCGUGUAAAUGAAUUGAUACUAAUGUGAGCAUUGUUGUGUUCAAAUGGCACUCCCUGAACAUAGAAGUUAUGAUUUAGAAAUGUAAUUUUUGUUACAGUCAAUAUGACUUAUUUUCUUUUGUUCACAUAGUGUUAAGAUUUCUUUAGUUAUUUCAUUUAUAUUUUGAUUACUUACAUGGAAAUAAUAACGUUACUAGGAAUAAGAUUCCAUAAUUGUUUGUUGCAUGGUAAUAAUUAAGCAACAAACAGGAUAGUGCGUGUUUUAGAAGUAUAUGGACUAUUGGGUACUGUUGUUGUUUUUGUGUUUUUACCCAAACAGAGUCAGUGAAAGUGCCUGUGCUCUGUGAUGAGAAUAUGGAUUGAAUAUUGAGACUAUUUGGGUGUAGUUUCACGCUGGCCAAAACACUCUUGAUUAUCAAUUUCUAAUGUUAAAUUGUUCCCUCUAGGUAACUCAUUUGCUGCUGUACCUUGCUCAGGGGAGUCAUGAAGUUGUCCCCCCUGAUGCGAUGGAUGAGGUUCUGAUGACCAUUGCCAACAACUUUAUAGCUGAGCGAAAUUCUAGUGAAGUCAUGGCUGUUGGUUUAAAUGCUGUGCGUGAGAUCUGCUCUCGGUGUCCGCUGGCCAUGUCUGAAGAUCUACUCAGGGAUCUGGUCCAAUAUAAACUACACAGAGACAAAGGUUAUUAUAUUGCAAGGCUGUGUUGUUGGUUUUUUUUUAGUUAUAACUCAAACAUAAUUGUAUCUACUCUCUACGUGCAAAAUACACCCGAUCUGCCUGUCCGGGUGCCACUCUCUGAAUUAACUAGUUCACAAAAAUAUAUGUUUUAAUUCCAAGUUAAUUCCUUUCUUUUAUAUACAAACUUUUAGCUGUGAUGAUGGCAGCAAGAUCUUUGGUUCAACUGUUUAGAAAAACCAAUCCAGAUCUUCUUCACAGGAAAGACAGGGUGAGUGUUUGAACUCUGCUACAACAUCAAAUUUUUAAUUCUCUGUCAAAAAAUAAAUAACUUUUUUGCUUUCUGUUUAAAGGAAUCUAUUUUGAAUAUAUUAAAAAAUGUGUAAACUCUCUAACUUGAGCAAUGUGUGUAGUAUUUGUUUAAAAAUUAGUGUAUUAAGUACAAAAAAAAUUUAAAUCUGGAAAAUGUGUAUUUUGUUAAUACUCUCUUUUUUUUCAAGAGUAAAUAUUAAGUUUGUCAGUGAGGCUAUAUGUUAAUGAUUAGUAGAAGAAUCUUUUAUAAAUGCAAGGCUAUCAUUUAAUUUUUUAAUGUUUAAUUGUGUUUGUGAUAAUUAACUAACCAGGAAGUUUAGUACAUUUUUUAUAUUUUUUGUUGUAUUUAGGGUCGACCUACAGAGGCCAGACAGGAAUUAAAAAUUCUAAAAUACGGUGAACUUGAUGCCAAAACUCAUGUGCCUGGAGCAGAAGUGAUUCCUGAGAAGGAAGAUAAACAGAAAGAAGCAAGUGAAGCUCAAGGUAGUUAAUACCCCUUCAUUAAAGAAAAAUAUAUUAAAAAUUCAUGAAAUUCAACAUUUAUGCAUUGAUAUUAUUGCUCAGUUAACAUUCAAUUUUAAUAACCAGUAAUCUGGCAGUUUGCACGAAGUAACGGUUCAUUAUAAUGAAUUUCAUGGGUUUUUGUCCUCGGCAGAAGAGUGGGAGUCUUGCAGUGAUGAAGAUGACAGUGAUGGGGAAUGGGUUGAUGUUCAUCAUUCAUCUGAUGAGGAGAUAGCAGAGGUGAGUGGCUGCAAUUUGUGUGAUCUAAUUUACAGAUGGUUUUCACGGAAAGAAUAGUUUCACAAUCUGCUUUUAGUUUUCUGUUGCCUUUUGAGAAAAUUGUAUUCUACACUGGGUGGGCCACCAAAAAGUAGCCUGCCUCCUGCAAUAGUGUGUGACAAGAUAAAAGAAUAAGUUGUUUUGCUUUCGUACACUACACUGUUGUCCCAGGAUCUGGUGUAUUUUGUGGGUAAGUGAAUGUAAUAAAAUCAACUGUCACAUUCAGCUUGUCAUACUAUCGCCAGAAGGGGUCUACUUCUUUGCAGUAUGUUCAAUUUCUAGAAGUGGUGAGCAAACUAGGUCAAUUGAAUAUGGGAUGUAUACAUGAGUUACAUUGUUAGCUGUGUGUCUGUGACAUAAUGUCAAUAGUUAGGUUAUUUUGCCAGUGUUGCCAAAUGUAUACAUUUUUUUAUUUUAAAUUCUCUACCUCCUCUUUAGACUGAGAAGAAGGAGACACCUGCUGAGACUGAAGAGAAGCUGAAGCUGGCAGAAGAGAUUUCAGCUACAAGAAUUAUGACUGAUGAUGAUUUUAAAAUCAUAAAUGCUAAGCAGAUUUCAAAGGACAUCAAAUCUGCUUCAGCCGCCAGAGCUAGGAAGAGAAAGUUCCAAGAGUCAUCUUUAGCAGAAAACAAGUUAGUUUGCUUUUUAAAAACCUUACAUCUUUCUCUUAUUUCCUUGAAAUAUUCUAAAUAUGCCAUUUUAACCUUACAAAUUCCUCUUUUUUUUUAAAUUUUAUAAACAAUAAAUUAAUAGUGGACCUUAAUCUGAUAAUUAAAAAAAUAUUCCAGCAUGAAAUAUUUUUGCUCUGCCGGGCUAUUAAUAAUUUUAUGUACAUUUGAAUUUGUUAAAAUUCUAAUAAUGUGCUUCAAAUAAUGUUUUAUUAACUUUUGAGAUCAAAGGAAAAGCAAUAGUAGAAUAAUAAUCUUGCAAAUGAUUAUAUUGUUUGUAUUCAGGAUUAAUGACAUGUAAAUUUAUUCACUUUUUUAAAAGUAUUUGAUUUAAAGAUGUCACAGUUUUUUAUCAUGCCUACAGAGUCUCUCUGGCAGCAUUUAAUUGUUUACACUAUUGAACAAUUUUAUUGUGUUUCAGUUCUGAGUUGCCUAGGCUGGGAGACAUAGAAAUGGUACACAAGAAGAAAGCUCAUGACAAAGAAUCCAGAUUAGCGACAGUUGUGGUGAGUUGUCAUCUGACAGUGCAGGAAUUAUCAGCGAGUCAUUAUUUUAAAACUUUGGAUGCUGACUAUAGUUAUCAUAGUCAGAACUCAGAAAAGUAUAUUUAAAGUUUGGUUUGCUUAAAUUCUGUUAUGCAAAAUGGAAAAAUCUUAGAAUUUAAUUGUGAUAAUUUUAACUGCCAGAGGAUCAAUGACUAGCACCUCUAACUAGAUCUCAAAGAUACUCUUGUAUAGUUAACAAAGUUUUCAAGUGUCAAUUUCUUGUAUUCAGAUGAAAAGUGGGGAAUUGUUUUGUAGACACAUUUGAAAUGUUUUUUUGUUUUUUUAAAUAUUUCCAGUAUUGCUUGAAUUAAAUUAAACAACAAUUUUUCACAGCUCAAGUGUAUAAUUCAUGCACUGAAUAGCAAGUCCAAUCAUUAUAGUUACACUAUUGGCAAAUUUGGGAAAAGUGUGAUUUUUUUGCCAUUUUUAAAAAAUAAGGCUUGAUAUGCAAGUGACAAAAAUCUACAGUUUCUUGUAAAAUUGUUUUUCCCAGGCUGGCAGAGAAGGAAGAGAAAAAUUUGCACAUGGUCCACAAAAAAUGAACCCAUUUGCAAGUACAACCAACAAGGAAAAGAAUAAGAAAAAGGCAUUCACUAUGGUAAAACACAAGAUACGCAGGAGAAAGGUCAAGAGAUCAUUCAAAGAGAAACAGGUUGGAGAUUUUUCAAUUUGAAACCAAAAAUAAAAAAUGAAAUUUUUAAAUAGCAUUAUUAUAAUUUUAAACAAAGAAAGUAUGGUGUAUCAAAACUAACCAUUUUUUAUUUGCUUUUUUUUUAAAAAAAAAAGGUUUCACUGCGGAAUUCCUUACUGAAGAGAAGUAGGAAUGCUAGGAAAUAGGACUGUGUGGUUGAACUCUCAUAAUGGAUUAUACAGCCAUGGUUUCUAUUGUAUGUAAUGAAAAAAUGUUGUACAGUUAAGAAACAACACGUUAUUGCUGGAAAUAAAUUAUCAAAAAAUUUUCUGUUGUUUUUUUUAAAUAUAUUUAUUUUGUAGGCUGUAGGUUGCAUUUUUGUUGUGGCAAAAAUUCCUACUUAACAU